AUGGAGGAGGAGAGGGAAUCAGGCGGAGAGGUUGCACAUUCUCAAAAGGCGAUUUUCUCCCCGAAGAAUCGUUUCAAAGCUGGGCAACUACGGGAAGGCUCUGAAGCAAACUCCGGCGAGGCUGAUGGACGAGCGCUGGAAUCUACGUCCUCACCGGACUUGAGGCCAAAACCGUUGCUGGACCUGCCGUCGUCUUGUCCUACGUGGUCUCCGGCGUCUCCGCCUUGCUUUCUGUUUUUCUGUUACACUGAGUUCGCCGUGGAGAUUCCUGUUGCAGGUGGUUCAUUCGCCUACGUAAGAGUAGAACUCGGCGACUUCGUAGCCUUCAUAGCAGCCGGUAACAUCCUCCUCGAAUACGUGAUCAGUGGCGCCGCCGUAGCCCGUUCAUGGACCUCAUACUUCGCCACCCUCUGCAAUAAAAAACCCGAAAACUUCCGCAUCCACGCCCACGGCCUCGCCAAAGGCUACAACGAGCUCGACCCCAUCGCCAUUGGCGUCCUCAUCGUCAUCGGCAUCAUCACUGUCGUCAGCACCAAAGCCUCUUCUCGCCUCAACAAGUUUGCUUCCAUCGUCCACAUCAUUGUCAUUGUCUUCAUCAUCAUUGCCGGUCUCAUCAAAGCUGAUACGAAGAAUUAUGUUGAUUUUGCGCCUUUCGGUCCUCGCGGGGUGUUUCAGGCUUCAGCAGUGUUGUUUUUUGCUUAUGUUGGGUUUGGUGCUGUGUCGACGAUGGCAGAGGAGACGAAGAACCCGACGAGGGAUAUUCCAGUUGGGCUUGUGGGAUCGAUGGUGAUUACUACCAUUGUGUAUUGCUUGUUGGCUGUUACUCUUUGCCUUAUGCAACCGUAUGCCUCGAUUGAUGCUAAUGCUCCGUUUUCCGUGGCGUUCCAAGCUGUUGGGUGGGAUUGGGCUAAAUAUAUCGUUGCCGCCGGUGCACUCAAAGGUAUGACAUCAGUGUUGCUGGUCGGAGCUGUGGGUCAGGCUCGCUAUCUGACCCACAUAGCUCGAACCCACAUGAUGCCACCAUGGUUUGCCCUAGUGGAUGCCAAAACCGGCACACCCAUAAACGCCACAGUAAGCAUGCUGGCCGCCACAGCAGUUAUCGCCUUCUUCACCGACCUCGGCAUCAUCUCAAACCUCCUCUCAAUCUCCACCCUCUUCAUCUUCAUGCUAGUCGCCCUCGCACUCCUUGUCCGCCGCUACUACGUGGCUGGUGUCACUACACCAGCCGAUCGCAUCAAGCUCAUCGUCUGCCUCCUCCUCAUCCUCGCCUCUUCGAUCGCCACUUCAGUUUACUGGGCACUCUCCCAAAAGGGUUGGAUAGGAUACUGCAUUACAGUUCCCGUUUGGGUUUUCGCCACAAUUGGGCUUAGGGUUUUUGUUCCCAUGGCAAGGCAAGCCAAGCUUUGGGGAGUCCCAUUGGUACCAUGGUUGCCUUCUGCAUCGAUUGCGAUCAAUAUAUUUCUUCUUGGGUUGAUUGACAAGGACUCGUUUAUCAGGUUUGCGGUCUGGACUGUUUUUUUGUUGGCAUAUUAUUUCUUGUUUGGAUUGCAUGCUUCGUAUGAUACGGCGAAGAAGUAUGAAGGGGGGGAUUGGAGGAAGGUUGAGGAGGGGAACAAGGAUGGUGGUUUUGUGGAUAAUCAAAGUUCUGAAGCGGUUCGUCCUGUUAGUAGCUUACAAAUGGUAGAAUAGUUUGUUUGGGAGUUUCAUGUAUUGAAUGUUAUAUGCAAAGCAAAAGUGGGAGUUUGAUGUAUUGUGUUACGUGACUGUUAUUUUAUUGUUUUUCAAAAUAAUAUUUUAAUUUAGGUUGUUAUCCUUGCAGUAAGUAAUCCUAGUUUUUAGUGAUAAUUGUUAGUAGUUGGUUUGACCUGGUUUCAAGGAAAGUAGUGGGUCUAACUUCUUUUCCUAAUUUCAUGGUUGUGAACGUUGAGGCUGCCAAUAUAAGAGUAGCUAGUCAUGAAUAAAAAGAGGUGGUCAUUUUUACUGUUAAACACUUGUGUUAAUUGGAGGCGAGGGUUCCUCAGUCAACCCAAAAUAUUGUAUUGCUUGUCUUUUUUUUAACUCUGUUACAAUAGGUUCCAAGAAACAAAAACAGGG